AUGAGUAACAUCACCUACUGCCCUGAACCUCAGACCCUUGUUUCUUCCGUUUUAAAGCCCAUUCUCAUUGUGGAGCUCAUCUUUGGGUUGCCUGGAAAUGUCUUUGCUCUGUGGAUUUUGUUCUUCAGGUCUCCAUGGAAAGCCUGCAAUGUGUAUCUCUUCUGCAUGGUGAUAUCUGACCUCCUACUCUUCACUGGACUGCCUUUCCGCAUAGAUUAUCUCUUUCGUGGUGAAAACUGGAUAUUUGGCGAAUCCUUUUGCCGCCUCAUUUUAUAUAUCAUAUCAGUAAACCACUCAGCAAGCAUGGCUUUCAUGUCAAUUUUGGCCGUGGACCGAUUCCUCAAGAUUCUUCACCCACACCAUCGCAUUUGUCGAAUGAGUGCGAGACAAGCAAUAAUGUUGGUUAGCAUGGUUUGGAUGAGUGUUCUACUUUUUCGUCUCCCACCCGCCCUGAACCUGGUUCUCAUACCACAGAAAAACUCAUCAAAGCUCAUAUGCCAUAGUUUUUUCUCAUGGACAUGGCCAUCAGUUCAAAUGAAGAUAUAUAAUUCAGUACAGCUGAUAGAGGUCCUGCUAGCAUUUGCACUGGUGGUCUUCUGUUUUGUGAGGGUUUUCUAUCACGUCCACAGUCGCCAGGGGGCUCACCGCAGGCUGACGCGAGCAGUGAGAUUGCUUCUGUUUCUUGUGGUCAUGUUUGUUCUGUGUUUCCUGCCUAGAGUCACUUUUGGCAUCUUCCUUCAAGUGUUUUCCUGUUCAGAAUUCCUCAUGGUUUGUUUUCAUGCCUCUUUAGCUUUAACCUACAUUAACAGUGCACUGGAUCCAGUGAUCUACUGCCACAUUAACGCUUGGUACCGUGACACCCUGAAGGGCACAACCAACUCACUGGGGCUAACAAAGUUCAUGAUGAGUUCGAAAACGAACAAAAAACGUUGAUCUACCUGGUUAACUGUUGUUUCUUGCAAUCAAUGUGUUGUGUCUUAAAGGUAUAGUUCAUGUAAUAAUUAAAAUUCAUUCAUUUACU